UCUUCAAUACUAUAUAUGCUAUGCUAUACUAUACUGGUACUAACUCUCUCCAAAAAAACCGUACUUACCCAUGACCGGAAACUGGCCGUCGACGGAGAAACUGGCCGGAGCAUCGCCCUCCGGGAUGAAGAGAAAGAAAAGGCUCUUCUUUACCCUAAUUAUUGUUUCUAUUCUCCUCGUAGCAACCAUCAUCAUCGGUAUUGUAGCCGGAGGCACGAGAUCCGGUCACAGAAAUGCCUCCGGCGGCGGCGGUGGCGGGCUAAUAAUUAGUUCUCCAACAACCCACGCAAUAGUAAAGUCGUCUUGCAGCAAUACGUUGUACCCAGAUUUGUGCUAUUCGUCGGUGGCUGCCGUGGUUGCGGCCGGAGAUGGUACAAAGAUUGUUAGCCAGAAGGAUGUGGUAAAGACGGUGUUGAGAUUGACAAAAAAGGCCGUUGAAGUGACAUACUUGACAAUAAAGAAACUGACGACGACGAGAAAGGGGCUAACGAAGAGAGAGAAAGGAGCGCUUCGUGAUUGUUUGGAGAUGCUGGAUGAGACGUUAGAUGAUUUAAAAGAUGUGGACAAAGAUCUUGAUGAUUCUACCACUUAUAAGGAAUCCUUGUCUAAACAUGCCGACCAUCUCAAAACGCUGCUAAGCGCCGCCAUUACAAAUCAGGAGACAUGCUUGGACGGCUUUUCACAUGACAAAGCAGACAAACAACUAAGGGAAGUUUUAGUAAAGGAGGAAAUACAUAUAGAAAAGAUGUGCAGCAACGCCCUAGCCAUGAUCAAAAACAUGACGACCGACAUCAAAUUACUAUCACCCCGCCGUAUCCUCUAUCAAUAUUAUAAUUCACGAUCAUCAUCAGCUACUGUCAAGUGGCCGGAAUGGUUGUCGGUCGGCGACAGGCGGCUGCUACAAUCACAGACUGCAGUGACACCCAACGUAGUAGUGGCUGCCGACGGGACCGGAGACUUCCGGACGGUUUCAGCCGCGGUGGCUGCCGCACCCGAGGGAAGCAGCACUAGGUACAUAAUAAGAAUAAAGGCGGGUGUCUACAAGGAAAACGUGGAAGUGGUUAAGAAGAAGACUAAUUUAAUGUUCGUAGGUGAUGGGAGGACCACCACUAUUAUCACCGCAAGUAGAAAUGUCGUUGAUGGAAGCACAACCUUUAAUUCCGCCACUGUCGCCAUAGUGGGCACAGGGUUCUUAGCCCGAGAUAUAACGUUCGAAAACACGGCUGGACCGUCCAAGCACCAAGCGGUUGCCCUCCGAAUAGGAGCGGACUUAUCGGCAUUCUACCGUUGCGACAUGUUGGCUUAUCAAGACACUCUUUACGUUCAUUCCAACCGUCAAUUCAUCAUGAAUUGUUUCAUCGCCGGGACAGUGGACUUCAUCUUUGGAAAUGCUGCCGUGGUCCUGCAAGACUGCGACAUCCACGCCCGACGCCCCAACCCGGGUCAAAAGAACAUGGUCACAGCUCAAGGGAGAACCGACCCUAAUCAAAACACGGGAAUCGUUAUACAAAAGUGUAGGAUUGGCACCACGUCGGAUCUGACACCCGUGAUAAGUAGCUUUCCAACUUAUCUGGGUCGUCCUUGGAAGGAAUACUCGAGGACUGUGGUCAUGCAGACCGAGAUUAGUAAUGCCAUUGUCCCAGCGGGAUGGUCUGAGUGGACCGGUUCGUUUGCUCUCAGCACGUUAACCUAUAGGGAGUAUCAAAAUACGGGGCCUGGGGCUAACACUGCAAAUAGGGUCACAUGGCCCGGCUUCAAGGUCAUCACUAGUGUCGCCGAAGCUCAACAGUACACACCCGGAAACUUCAUCUCCGGGGGUACCUGGCUUAGGGCCACCGGUUUUCCAUUCUCUCUUUCCCUCUAAAUUCUUAAUCAAUUAAUUAAUUGUAACUCUAUCUCAUCAUCAUGCGUACUUGUAAUUUUAUUUAUUGUCUGUACCAAAAAUCAAUUUAAGUUACCAGAACUAUAUAUUUUCAA